GUAUAUCACCACCUUUCUCGGUCUCCUUUCUCUCCGUCGACUCCGUUCCUGAGGCCUUUUUUUCCUAUGGCCGGCUAUCACUCCGCUGACGCGUCGUGUUCGUCACGGACGGAAGUUGAGACAAGUGGCAUGAUGACAUUGUUAGCCAGAACGCAGGGUGAGAGAAGUUGUAGAGCAGGUAGAAUGGAGGGGGAAGCAAGUGCAGACUGUGCAGGAGCAGCGGCUAGCGGAGCGAAACCUUGGGAUUACCGACGAAGACCAGCGAGAGCAAUCAGCGAGAAUAGAGCACGCCUGAUAAGCAUCAGUGGACGACACGAGCGGCUAAGGAGUGUGAAAGGAGCAGGGGGACCGACUGUAGGGGUUGUCGGCAUUUUGUUCACUCUUGCAAUUGCUCUACUGUGGGCUGAAACCGCUCAUUCCAUCAGAGUCGGACCGAGCGUAACGCCCGUUGCUAUACUCUCGGCCCCGAGAAGACCUGGUUUCCCACUCGUCGAUUCCGAGGUGGAGCUUGUGAGGCGAAGAAUCCUGUUGGAAGUGGAUGAUAUGGACGCUGAGAAAGAGGAAGAGCUAGGUGGGUUCCACAGGACGAUCGGGGCCGCUGCCAUGAGGAUUAUCAACGAUGGAGAUGGUGCUCUUGGAGACGAAGAGGAUGAGAUGUAUCUGGCCGACUCUGAUCAGUGGAUUCAGACGUGGAUAAACCGCAAGCUGAGCAUGGGACAGUAGAGAGAUCUAGUCAAAGCACUAUGCACGUGCUUGUUGUCCAAAUUCGCGCCGGAUUGCGAUCCAAGUGGAUGUAAUUUGUCGUUAAUUGCAACGUUGAAAGCAAAACGGAUUUAUUCUACACACGAAUUUCUUACAGGUAGUCAGUCAGGUGAUCGAGCCUCGAUGCAGCGGAUCGAUAAAUCUUCAGAGACUGG